GAAUGCCUCGCCCCUCCCUGAUCAAUGAGGGCUUAUUUAAAUGAUCUCUGAGGUCUUGGACCCAGGCCAAUCAGCUGUCAGGGCUCAUGAUAAAUCGCAAUGCAUUAUUGAUAAUAAUAAUUACUGGGACAUGCGCGUUCCGGCCGAAGGGGGGUAAAUUUCCCAACUCCAGGAAUUUGUGGCGGAGUGGGCAAAUAACCGCGGCUCUCCCGGCGCCCCGAUGCUCGCACCAUGUCGAGGCGCAAGCAGGCGAAACCCCAACACAUCAACUCGGAGGAGGACCAGGGCGAGCAGCGGCCGCAGCAGCCGGCCCCGGAGUUUGCAGAUGCGGCCCCAGCGGCGCCGGCGGCGGGGGAGCCGGGUGUUCCAGUGACCCACCCGGGGAAGGGUGAUGACGUGAGUGGGGACGGAGCGACGGUGAAGAGGCCUCGUCGGGAGGAGACUCACAUCUGUGAGAAAUGCUGUGCCGAGUUCUUCAGCUUCUCUGAGUUCUUAGAACAUAAGAAAAAUUGCACUAAACAUCCACCUGUCCUCAUCAUGAAUGACAGUGAGGAACCGGUGCCUUCAGAAGACUUCUCUGGGGCUGCGCUGAGCCACCAGCCACACAGCCCGAGCAGUAAGGACAGUCACAGGGAGGAUGGCGGCAGCUCAGGGGACGCCAAGGAGAGGCCGGGGGCAGAGUCUGUCGUGUACCUAAAAACGGAGACCGCCCCGCCACCUACCCCCCAGGACAUAAGCUAUUUACCCAAAGGCAAAGUGGCCAACACUAAUGUCACUCUUCAAGCACUACGGGGCACCAAGGUGGCGGUGAAUCAGCGGAGCGCGGAUGCGCUGCCAGCCCCCUUGCCCGGUGCCAACAGCAUCCCGUGGGUCCUCGAGCAGAUCCUGUGUCUGCAGCAGCAGCAGCUACAGCAGAUCCAGCUCACCGAGCAGAUCCGCAUUCAGGUGAACAUGUGGGCCUCCCACGCCCUCCACUCCGGCGUGGCGGGAGCUGAUACCCUGAAGACGCUGGGCAGCCACAUGUCCCAGCAGGUCUCUGCGGCUGUGGCUUUGCUCAGCCAGAAAGCUGGAAGCCAAGGUCUGUCUCUGGAUGCCUUGAAACAAGCCAAGCUACCUCACGCAAACAUCCCUUCCACCACCAGCUCUGUGUCCCCGGGGCUGACGCCCUUCGCCCUGAAGCCGGAUGGGACCAGGGUGCUCCCGAACGUCAUGUCGCGCCUCCCGGGUGCUUUGCUACCUCAGGCCCCAGGCUCUGUGCUCUUCCAGAGCCCCUUCUCCACUGUGGCGUUAGACCCGUCCAAGAAAGGGAAGGGGAAGCCACUGAGCAUCUCCCCGGUGGAUGUCAAACCCAAAGACGAGGCCGUCCUCUACAAGCACAAGUGUAAGUACUGUAGCAAGGUUUUUGGGACUGAUAGCUCCUUGCAGAUCCACCUCCGCUCCCAUACCGGAGAGAGACCCUUCGUGUGCUCUGUCUGUGGCCACCGGUUCACCACCAAGGGCAACCUCAAGGUGCACUUUCAUCGACACCCCCAGGUGAAGGCAAACCCCCAGCUGUUUGCCGAGUUCCACGACAAAAUGGUGGCAGGCAAUGGCAUUCCCUAUGCGCUCUCUGUCCCUGUCCCUGUAGACGAGUCGAGUCUCUCUUUAGACAGCAAACCUGUCCUGGUAACAGGGACCCCCAGUAUAGGGCUACCUCAGAAUCUCUCUUCGGGGACUAACCCCAAGGACCUCAUGACCAACGACCUGCAGCCCGGUCCUUCUCCAGAAAGUGAGGAAGGAUCCCUGCUCUCUGGGGUGGGGCCAAACCAUAAUUCCCCGAGGGUUGGUGGCUUCCAAGGGAGUGGGACCCCUGAGCCAGGGUCAGAGACUCUGAAAUUGCAGCAGCUGGUGGAGAACAUCGACAAGGCCACCACCGACCCCAACGAAUGUCUCAUUUGCCACCGUGUCUUAAGCUGCCAAAGCUCCCUCAAAAUGCAUUACCGCACCCACACCGGGGAGAGACCCUUCCAAUGUAAGAUCUGUGGUCGAGCCUUCUCCACCAAAGGCAACUUGAAGACACACCUUGGGGUUCACCGGACCAACACAUCCAUAAAGACGCAGCAUUCGUGCCCCAUCUGCCAGAAGAAGUUUACCAACGCAGUCAUGUUGCAGCAGCAUAUUCGGAUGCACAUGGGUGGGCAGAUUCCCAACACGCCCCUGCCGGAGAAUCCCUGUGAGUUUACAGGUCCCGAGCCAAUGAUGGUCAGUGAGAAUGGCAGCACGAGUGCCGUCUGCCAUGAUGACAUUGUCGAAAGCAUCGAUGUAGACGAAGUCAGCUCCCAGGAUGCCCCCAGUAGCUCCUCGAAGGUCCCCAUGCCUCUUCCCGGCGUCCACUCGGCAUCACCAACUCUAGGGUUCACCAUGAUGGCGUCCCUAGAUGCCCUGGGGAAAGUGGGUCCUGCUCCUCUUGUCCUGCAGCGGCAGAGCAGCAGAGAAAACAGUUCCGUGGAGAGUGACGGCUUGACCAACGACUCGUCGUCCUCAGUGAUGGGAGACCAGGAGUAUCAGAGCCGAAGUCCAGACGUCCUGGAGACCACGUCCUUGCAGGCACUCUCCCCGGCCAAUAGCCAAGCAGAAAGUAUCAAGUCCAAGUCUCCUGAUGCUGGCGGCAAAGCAGACAGCUCCGAGAGCAGCCGCACCGAGAUGGAAGGUCGGAGCAGUCUGCCAUCAACAUUCAUCCGAGCCCAGCCAACCUAUGUCAAAGUUGAAGUUCCUGGUGCGUUUAUUGGACCCUCGACCAUGUCGCCAGGCAUGACACCUUUGUUAGCGGCCCAGCCACGCCGACAGGCCAAGCAACACGGGUGCACGCGGUGCGGGAAGAACUUCUCGUCCGCGAGCGCUCUUCAGAUUCACGAGCGGACUCACACUGGGGAGAAGCCUUUCGUGUGUAACAUAUGUGCACGAGCUUUUACCACCAAAGGCAACUUGAAGGUCCACUAUAUGACACACGGGGCCAACAACAGCUCUGCACGCCGGGGGAGGAAGCUGGCAAUCGAGAACACCAUGGCUCUCUUAGGAGCAGAGGGCAAGCGAGUCCCCGAGAUGUUUCCCAAGGAAAUCCUGGCCCCUUCGGUGAAUGUGGACCCUGUGGUGUGGAACCAGUACACCACCAUGCUCAAUGGAGGUCUGGCCAUGAAGACCAACGAGAUCUCGGUGAUCCAGAGCGGCGGCAUUCCUACCCUCCCGGUGUCCGUGGGGGUCAGCUCCAUCGCGAAUAACACCACUGUCUCCAAGAUGGAUGGCUCCCAGUCAGCGCUCAGUGCCGAAGUAGAAAAUCCAGGGCCUGCCGACGGCGUUCCCAAACACCAGUUCCCUCGCUUCCUGGAAGAAAACAAGAUUGCCGUCAGCUAAGGAGAACCCACUAAGGAGAGCCCACGCGGAAACAGACGGUGACCUCUAGAGCUGUACCUUUUGUGUUGUUGUUUAAGAACCCACCUCCUGUUGGUUUUCUUACUGAUGUGCAAAUGAUGUUUACAGUUGUAACCACAACCUCAGGCAAGUCCUACAAUCACGAUGUUGCUAUGCUGCUUUGCAAAAAAAAA